AUGGCAAGCUAUAGUACUGACUCUGAGCAGCCAGACUCAAGGCGUGCGUCUACUCUUAGCAAUCUUUUGAUACCAAGAACCAGGCACAGACAAUCGUCGUCUGUAUCUUCCCUUGCUGGCUCAUACCAGUCACAUAGAUACUCAAGGUCUAUUGACCUGUCCACCAGCGCACCCUCAGUCACUUUGCAGAAUGACAUGAGCGAUGAGACAGAGGGAUUGUCGAUCAUGUUUGAUGGAGGGAAUCAUGUUAUCGUACGACCAAAUCGUGUUGUUCGAGGCAAAGUGAUACUUCAUACAUCUGAUCGCUUGUAUGCUACAAGAAUUCGGAUAAAGUUUAGGGCUGAAGAGGUUGCGGCAGUACGAUUGGAUGAAACAAAGGAAAAGACAUAUAAAAUCCACAAGUGUGCAACUACAUUCUUUGAGGUCGAUUGGAAACUAUGGGGAACAGAAACUAGUGUCAUUGUUCAGUCUGGAUGGGAUGAAAUUGAACCUGGGCAUUAUGAGUUUCCAUUUGCACUUAAAUUCCCAAACGUAAACUUCCCACCUUCCAUGGAUGAACCGAAUGGUUUUAGGAUUCGGUUUGUGUGGACUGCACAGUUAGACGGACCGGCUCUUCAAUCGGGUCUAAAGAGCAGGGAAUACAAUACACCUUACCGCCCCAUCCUCGUAUCUCCACCAGACAAGGAGUGGACAUACAAGACAACCUUGAUGAGAGACAAAAAGCAAGUCAUGUGUGAAGUACAGGCCAAGAUUGCGCGUCAGGCAUUCUGUCCAGAUGAACCAUUUUCUAUGAACAUGCACAUAACCACCCUACAUUCUGAUGCAAAGAUCACCGCACUUCACUACAAAUUCCGUAAACAUCAUCACGGAAAGUUAAUGGUUGCUUCAGGAACUGCUUUUCAGCAGAGCACUAAAAACAUCGUACAAGGCAGCAUUCCUCUCACUAGUAGCAACCAGGCGAGCAUAACUGAAAAUGUAACAUUUUCUGUACCCACUCGUCUGGUUUCUCCUUCCUUUGUCAGUCGACACACACGUGUCCAUUAUGAUAUCUUGAUUACAGUGACAGUAGAUUACGGAGGUUUGUUCAAGGUCGUACAUCACUCCGAGUUCGCUAUUCCAAUAUCAAUCGCCAAUCUGCCAAACGAUCAACUAUUAAGAAUCAAUGAGCUGAUGGCAGUCAAGUCUUACAAUGACUCCCGUGAUUCUCCUAUAUUUUUUGAUCCUGAACUUGAGGAACCACCUGUUUAUAAUAGAACCAACAACAGCGGACCCUUGUCACCUUAUAUGCUAGGAACACCACACAGCGAAGAGCCUCCAAAUUACUUUAGUAUUCCUAAUUUACAUCAAAUAGACGCACCAGUUGAACGUAAAGAGAGAACUGUUUAUACAACACGCCCUGUAAAUGGAACAAGUGAUCCUGAUAAUUUACCCGAGGCAACAUUUAUACCUGGUGUAUUUGAUGAUGAAUGGUGAUCCCAAUAUUCUUAUUAUUAUUAUUCUUUUUUUAUGUAUUAUCACUCUUUCUCUUUCUCUUUCUCUCUCUCUUUUUAUAUACUUUAUUUCAGGCACACAAGGCGAGAAAAGUAUUUAUACUAUACUAUACUAUAAUAUACUAUUACUAUGUAUAUCUUGUAAAUUACAUUAACUUUACAGUAAAAAUAUUUAAAUAU